CCUUGGCUGUUAGGAUGGUCCUGUCUGAUCUAAUUGUGUCUGAUCUGGAGGGUGUUUGUUGGUUUUGCAGUAAACAGACACAGUAAACAGACGUGUUACAGUGUCUGUGUUCUUUAGUCUUUGUACAUAAGAUUACAGUAGGAGGGGGGAAAAAACACUCCUUUAAUUACGAUAAUAUAAUGAUCCUAUAUACAUUUAUUAAGUUAUAUAUGGCCUUCUUAGAUGAUGAUUGUGUAUGCAUUUGGAUAGAGGGUUUUCUGUAAUUCUUCAUGUAAGUGAAAAAUCAAGUUAUUUAAGUAGCUCAUAUCAGUUUACACAUCUGCUGGUUGAUAAAUUGUGUGUUGAGCUGAGAUAUAAAAACAAAAUUCCUCAAGGUUCUGAUCUCCAGAAAGUGAUAUGGCAGUGUUUAUCUUGUUGCGUCUUCAAAAUCUCCAUAUGCGAAUAUGAGGCUUCAGAUGGCAUUUCUGAUGUGCAUGGAAUGUGAGAGACACUAUGAGGAUCCCAGUGCCAUAGUGUAUGCAACGGGCUUUGUGUGAGUGGAAAAAAGAUAACGGGAGAUUAACUCACAUUAUCGAGAUCUUAAUUCUGGUGAAAUAUUCUGACCUUUAAAUUGUGGUGGCUGACUUUGUAAGAGAGGUGAUGAUGUGCAUCAUACAUUAGAAUUAGUGACAUAAAGAAAUGCUAGUUUUUCUUUUGCUGUUUAUCUGUUCGAUUCUAAUUUUGUUCCAUGAAAUUUGCUUCAUAUUUGGAUUUUAUUUUAUUUUUUUCACACCAGGAUGACAUUCUUGUCUUGUCUUGAAUAUAUUAAACAGUCCUGAUAAGCUGCGUGCAAAUACUUUUUUGUCACCAGUUUGUGCUAUGCUGAAUAAGCUUACAGAGCUUUUUCAUAUGAAUCCUAAGCCACUUUAUAAACCACAGGAGCUAAUGUAUAUGUCAUCUUAGCUAUCUCAGGACAUUUCCAGAAGGCCAGGUGGACUCUGAAGUCGUAUCAAGUGUUUUGACAAUCGUCCAAAAAUACAAGCCUGUCAAGCAAGGUGUAAAAACUAAAUCCAGCCAAAAUGUCGGAGAAAAAGAUGUCAUCGAGUCGCAAGCAUAAUCUGAAGAGCUUGAUGCUCUCCAUCGCUAAAGGUUUACUUGAGGUUGAAGCAAAGGAAAAAGAAGAGGAGAGGAAAAGGUACAUGGUAGAGACAUGCCCUCCAUUAUCCCUGCCAAGUGGUGUACAAGCACUACAGGAGCUGUGCAAAGAACUUCACCAUAAAAUUGAUGUGAUUGAUGAGGAGAGAUAUGAUCUGGCGAACAAAGUUGACAAAAGUUCUAAGGAGAUUGAGGACAUGAAAAUUAAAGUUCAGGAUCUGAAGGGCAAGUUCAAGAAGCCAGCUCUGAGGAAGGUGCGCAUGUCUGCUGAUCAGAUGCUUCAGGCUCUGCUCGGCUCUAAACACAAGGUGUCUCUGGACCUGAGAGCCAACCUGAAACAAGUGAAGAAGGAGGUCAAGGAGGAGGAUAAGGAACUGCGUGAUGUCGGGGACUGGCGUAAAAACGUUGAAGAUAAGGCUGGCAUGGAUGGCAGAAAGAAGAUGUUUGAGUCCGAGGCUUAAAUAAUCAUAUGUAGUCUAGUCUUCAAUGCUUCUACGGAUUAACUGUUGUGUGCUGCUGCAAGAGGAAUGGAAAUGUCAGGUUUAGCAUAUGGACAAAAUCAUUGAUAGUAUCAGAAAUGGCAAAGCAAAACAAAUGAAAUGUUGUAAGUGUUAUAUUCUGUUUCAGAAUAUAAGUUUCAGAAUUCAGUUGUAUUUUGUGCAGUUAUAAAGAACUUCAUACAGAACAUUUGUAUUGUGCAAUUCAAUUUUCCAGUGCAUGAAUAAACGGUCUAAAGUACAUUUGCAUUUUUGUCUUAAUUUAUGUCAAAAUAAUGCCAUACUU